ACCCCUUGCCCAAGAGCCAGGAGAUGACGGGCAAAGCGGGGGAAGCGCUGAGCAAACCCAAAUCCGAGACAGUGGCCAAGAGUGCCUCGGGGGGCGGCCCCCCGGCCAGGUGCACGGGCUUCGGCAUCCAGGAGAUUCUGGGCUUGAAUAAGGAGCCCCCCAGCUCCCACCCAAGAGCUGCCCUCGACGGCCUGGCCCCCGGCCACUUGCUAGCGGCGCGCUCCGUGUUGAGUCCCGCAGGAGUGGGUGGCAUGGGGCUGCUGGGGCCCGCGGGGCUCCCCGGUUUCUACGCGCAGCCCACCUUCCUGGAAGUGCUCUCCGAUCCGCAGAGCGUCCACUUGCAGCCUCUGGGCAGAGCAUCGGGGCCGCUGGACACCAGCCAGACGGCCAGCUCGGAUUCUGAAGAUGUUUCAUCCAGCGAUCGAAAAAUGUCCAAAUCGGCGUUGAACCAGACCAAGAAACGCAAGAAACGGAGGCACAGGACAAUCUUUACCUCUUACCAGCUGGAGGAGUUGGAAAAGGCCUUCAACGAGGCACACUACCCAGACGUCUAUGCACGGGAGAUGCUGGCCAUGAAAACGGAGCUGCCAGAAGACAGAAUACAGGUCUGGUUCCAGAACCGGAGGGCCAAGUGGAGGAAGCGGGAGAAGUGCUGGGGCCGGAGCAGCGUGAUGGCGGAGUAUGGCCUGUACGGGGCCAUGGUGCGACACUCCAUCCCGCUGCCCGAGUCCAUCCUCAAGUCGGCCAAGGACGGCAUCAUGGACUCCUGCGCGCCCUGGCUGCUGGGGAUGCACAAAAAGUCGCUGGAGGCCGCGGCCGAGUCGGGGAGGAAGCCCGAGGUGGAGCGCCAGGUCCUGCCCAAGCUGGACAAGCUGGAGCCGGAGGAACGGGGCCCCGACCCCCCGGUGGCCAUGUCCCAGGAGGAACUGAGGGAGAACAGCAUUGCGGCCCUCCGGGCCAGAGCUCAGGAGCACAGCACCAAGGUGCUGGGGACUGUGUCUGGGCCCGACGGGCUGGCCCGGAAGGCCGAGGAGCCCGAGGAAGAGGAGGCGGUGGAGGAAGACAGGCCCUUGGAGAAACCCAGUGCAGUGCAGCCUGAGGACUUGGCUUAG